GCCUGAGCCUGAGCCUGGGCUCCAGGUGGGCCCGGAAGAUGAAGCAGGCCCUGGUGGAUGACACAGAGGAUGUGUCUCUGGACUUUGGCAAUGAGGAGGAGCUGGCCUUCAGGAAAGCCAAGAUCAGGCACCCCUUGGCCACCUUUUUCCACCUGUUCUUCCGAGUGAGUGCGAUCCUCACCUACCUGUGCUGUGACUGGUUCAGCAGCAGCUUCGUGGGCUGCUUUGUCACCGUGCUGCUGCUCCUGUCCUUGGACUUCUGGUCAGUGAAGAAUGUAACCGGGAGAGUCUUGGCGGGCCUUCGGUGGUGGAACCAGAUUGACGAAGACGGGAAGAGCCACUGGAUAUUUGAAGCCAGAAAGGUCCCGGCCAGCAACAUGGCGGCCACCGAAGCUGAAGCCCGCAUCUUCUGGCUUGGCCUCAUCAUUUGCCCCAUGAUUUGGAUCGUGUUCUUCUUCAGCACCUUGUUUUCCUUGAAGCUAAAGUGGCUGGCCCUUGUGAUCGCUGGGAUUUCUCUCCAAGCAGCUAACCUGUACGGCUACAUCCUCUGUAAGAUGGGCGGCGAUGGUGACAUCAGCAGGGUCACAUCCAGCUUCCUGCCCCAGACCGUGUUCCAGACGGCCUGCCCUGAUGACUUCCAGAAGCCGGGCCUCGAGGGGCUGGAGAUCCACCAGCACUAGGACGUGCUGCGCUGCUCCUCCUCGUGGGAAGGGUGUCGGUGACAAAACGCUCGGACUCCUGGGAAAAGGCGACAAGCACAGAUGCAUGGCAGCUCUUCACCCGAGUCCCAGCUGACAGCACAUCCCGACACGGGCACUCCGGGGUAGCUUACCCUCGGCAUUGAGCUGCCCAGCCACGCAGCCAGUGCUCACCCUCAUUGCCGGCAUCCUGCCCAGCAAUGGACGCCCAUGAGUGCCCAGGGCAGGGUCAGACAACAUGCGGCUUUCUGCCACAGCUUCAUGGAGGCGGAGGUCUCCCACUGUACACCUUGCUGAGGAGAGUCACACCUCACGCCACCCUGGCCCCACCCCACUACUGCCCCCACCUGCGGUGGCGCAGCGGGGUCCACUGUCAUCCUAAAAGGAAGGUAGUUCCUCCCCGCCCACCCACUGUGCCCAGUGUCACCUCCUGGCCCUGCAGGCUCUGGAGGCUACAAGACGCACUUAGACUCUUACUUUGGAUUAUACUUCUGUAGGCUAAUGUGGCUGGCGAAUCUGGGGCGUCAGUCAAAAAAGACUGUCCUUUGUCACAACUCUUUCCUUAAAGAAACAAAUCACAGAAUGUUAUAGCAAUGAGGACCGUGAAGCUUACUCUGGUGAAGCAACCCCUUCCGCUGCCCGUCCGCUCAGCAGGGACCCUGCGCUUGCGCUCAGCUGCCUCGCACCCGCUCCCUGCUCUGGGCGGUCUCUGAGUCAUCUGGGUGGUGUGAGGCCAAUGAGGUUCCAGGGCCCGUGAAGAAAUGGCUCAGUAGCUCCCGGGUGGGGCCAGGAACCUGUGUUUCAAAGGAUCACUGAAUUCUUUUUAAUAAAAAGAUAAUGUGUGUGGUAUCAAAGUAUAGGAUACAAAAGGAACGAUCAUAAAAUCACUUUUCUAAAAGGG